AUGAACGACGAAGUAGAACCUUUCAGAAGAAACCUAACAGAAUGUGCCCGACAAGUGAAAGCGUCGAUGGUCGACGUGGAAAACUUUUUGAAAAGGAUACCACAAUCCACGUUACAAGGUAAAUGCUUCGUCGCUUGUAUUUUGAAAAGAAAUUCAAUAAUAAAAAAUAAUAAAAUCCUAAAAGAAAAUCUAUUGGAAGCGAAUAAAGCUGUAUAUGGUGAAGAUAGUGAAGUAUUGUCGAGACUAAAAACUGCUAUAUCAGAAUGUAAUGAUAUUGUAGAAGGUAUUUUCGAAAUUUGUGAAUUUGCAUCUGUUUUUAAUGAUUGUAUGCAUAUGAAGAUGGAGCAUAUUUUGGAUAAAGUGACUAUGGAGAGGCGGAUGGAAGCGUUAGGUCAAAUGACUUCGGAUCCAGAUUUAUGGACUGAUGAAGAAGAUGAAUUACUAAAAUUAGUCAAAGAUGAACUC